GAAACACCAUUAUUUCCGGUCAGAAUUUCGCCGGAAAAUCUACGGAAGUUCGUCGGUUGCUAUACAAUCUCUGAUGCUUUCCGUACCGGAAUCUCCGCAUCACCUGCAGUCUCUGUUCCUGAAAACACCCAAAACUCCAGACUCUCCCGACCGAAAGAAACCGGCGCUCUAUUCGAUUCACGUCUAUAUUUCCACGCACCCCAAGGCAUGGCUGAUCUUCAGCAUUCUGCUACUCCAGCUUCUUAUCCUCCUCAUUGUUCGUUUUCUCCCCGUUUCUCUCUCUCUCCGCCAGUUUUCUCCUCCGAGCCAUGUUGUCGGCAACAGUUCCUCCAAAGACCGAUGCAGCUCUGGCAAAGUUUACGUCUACGAUCUCCCACCAAUGUUCAACAGAGACCUCUCCGACAACUGUCAAGACUUGGAUCCUUGGAAGUCUCGCUGCGACGCAGUCUCCAAUGGCGGUUUCGGACGGAGAGCCACGGGGCUUGACGGAAUCGUGCCGAAGAAUCUGAUCCCUACAUGGUACUGGACUGAUCAGUUCGCUUCGGAGAUAAUCUUCCACAACCGUAUUUUAGGGCAUCAUUGUCGAACCCUUGACCCGAACUCCGCCUCUGCGUUCUACCUUCCUUUCUACCCGGGGCUUGCCGUCGGUAAGUAUCUCUGGUCCAAUUCCAGCACUCACGAUCGUGAUUAUCAUUGCGAGACGAUGCUCAAAUGGGUAAAGGAACAACCCUUCUGGAACCGAUCCAAUGGUUGGGAUCACUUCCUGAUGAUGGGCCGCAUCACCUGGGAUUUCCGGAGGUCCAAAGACAGCGACUGGGGUUCGAGGUGCAUCUACCUGCCGGCGAUGAGAAAUAUCACGCGCCUCCUCAUCGAGCGGAACCCUUGGGAUUACUUUGAUGUCGGUGUCCCCUACCCUACCGGGUUCCACCCCCGGACUGAAUUGGACAUUCGGCAAUGGCAGGACUUCGUGAGAUCACGCAACCGCUCGACCCUCCUCUGCUUCGCCGGAGCGGCACGUAAGGCAAUCAAGAACGACUUCCGGGGGAUCCUAUUACAACAGUGUCGUAACGAAUCGGGAUCGUGCCGAGCAUUGGACUGUGCCGGGUCGCGUUGCUCCAAUGGCACAUCGGCGAUUCUGGACAUGUUUUUGACCUCGGAUUUCUGCUUGCAGCCGAGAGGAGAUAGCUUUACCAGACGAUCGAUAUUCGAUUGUAUGGUGGCCGGUUCGAUCCCAGUUUUCUUCUGGAAGAGAACAGCUUACUACCAGUACGAGUGGUUCUUGCCAGGAGAUCCGGCGAGUUACUCGGUGUAUAUAGACCGUAACAAGGUGAAGAAUGGGACUUCCAUUAGAAGGGUUCUUGAGGGGUUUAGCAGAGAAGAAGUAAGGAGAAUGCGAGAGACGAUCAUCAACUACAUACCUAAAUUCGUGUAUGGUGAACCGAACGAGGGUUUGGAUGGUAUUAAGGAUGCGUUUGAUGUUGCCAUUGAUGGGGUCUUGAGAAGAUUCACCGAGCACUGGAGGUAUAAAUGGUAAUAAUCAAUAAAGGAAAGGAAUGGUUCCCAAGACAUCGAACAAUAUAGAAUUAUAGGUGUGAUUUCGGAUAUAGAUAGAGCUAUAGAUUGAUUUGUUUAGAGAGAAUAGGAGUGGCUCAUGUAGCUCUUCUGCAAAAUUGCUUCUCAUCUA